AUGGAGAGGGGAUGCUUGCUGGGACCAGUGUUUGAAGUAGUUGGGCAGCAUGUUAAUUGUGUGUUUAAGGUCAAGGCAAACAUUGAGCAGCUCACGAAGCAAGUCGGUGAACUGGAGAAAACCAAAGAAUCUGUUGAAAACUUGAAAAGGGAAGCAGAGAAGAAAGGAGAAGACAUCAAGGAAAAUGUUAUGAAAUGGCUUGAAGAAGUGAAGUCUGUUAUAAAUGAAACAAAUAUUUUCAUUGGUAAUGCUAUGGAGAAUGGCAGUUGCUUUAAGGGCUUGUAUCCUAACUGUGGCUCACGCUACCAAUUAAGUAAGAAAGCAGGGGAGAUGAUGAACCGCAUUAAAGAGCUUCAACAAAGCGGCAUGUUUGAUGUUGUAUCUGAUCCAACUCCUCCUCUUGAUAUGGCAUAUAUGCGUGAUAGUGAUUUUCACAUGUUUAAAUCCAGAGAGUUGGCAAGGAAGGAAGUCAUAGAGGCAUUAAAAUCUGAAAACACCCAUGUCGUCGGUAUUUAUGGGAUGAGAGGUGUGGGCAAAACAACUCUGGUAAAGGAAAUAGGUGACCAACUGCAGAGAGAGAAGCUUUUCGACAAGGUCGUGAUGGCUGUGGUGUCUCAAGAUCCAAACAUGAAACAGAUUCAAGGUCAAAUUGCGGAGAUGUUAGGCUUGAAAUUGGAUGGAGAAGGAAGUGUUUUCGGAAGAGCAAAGAUGCUAUCAGGAAGGUAGGAGAAAGAGAAGAGUGUUGUUGUUAUCUUAGAUGAUAUUUGGGACAAGCAAGAUUUGAAGCAAUUGGGGAUCCCUUUGGAUUUGGAUGACAACAAACAGAGGGAGAGGAGGGGGUGCUGCAAAAUCCUACUCACAACCCGAAGCAAAGAUGUAUGCGAUGUGAUGGUGGAGAGGAACGCAAUUAUUCGCCUUGACAUCUUAUCAGAAGAGGAAGCUUGGGGUUUGUUUAAAAGGAAAGUGGGUGAUGGGGUGGAACAGGGAGAUUUUCAUAAAUGGCAAGGGAGGUGGUUAAGGAGUGCAAGGGUUUGCCUAAAGGAUGCAUUGGAGGGACUUAAAAGGGUUGAACCUCAGUCUGUGCAGGGAAUAGACCAACAAGUGUACACAUGUGUGAGAUGGAGUUACGAUUAUCUGGACAAUGUGGAAACCCAACGCUUCUUCCUGUAUUGUUGUCUGUUUCCUGAGGAUUAUGAGAUCGAAAUCGAGCAAAUGAUGUGGUAUUGUUUUGGAGCGGGAGUAUUUGUAAAUGUUGAAACAAUUGAAGAUGAAAGGUGCAGAACUCGUAGGAUUGUGAAUAAGCUCAAAGCGUCUUCUCUGUUGUUGCAAGGAGAGAGCCCGGAUUUCAUCAAAAUGCAUGAUAUAGUUCGUGAUGUGGCCAUCUCAAUCGUAUCACCGUGUGUUGCUGUUGGUAAUAGAUCUCAUCAUGAUGAACUAUUCAUGGUCAGAGCUGGUAAAGGACUGACGGAGUGGCCAAGAAUGGAAUCCGGGAUUACCAAAGCUGCAGCAGGUUACACAGCCAUCUCGUUGAUGAAUAAUGAUAUACAGAAGCUGCCUGCAGCUGAUGGAUUAUUGGAAUCAUCAUCUUCAGGGCGGCUAAGGACUUUGUUGUUGCAAAAGUAUUUUAAGUCAGAAUUGGAAAUUCCAAAUACUUUCUUUGGAGGGGUGAUCAAAUCACUUACAACACUGGAUCUGAGUAAGAAUGAUAUCAUUGGUCCCAGCAGCCUAUCACCGAUCCAGUGCUUGACAAAUCUCCGUACGUUAAAUCUAGGAGGAUGCACGGGGUUACAACAAGAGAUAUCUGUACUUGGAUCUUUGAAGCAACUUGUGAUUCUCAGACCAAGUGGCUGUAAUCUCGAAAGGUUGCCGCCGGAUAUGGCACAGUUGACCAAGCUAAGGCUGCUGGAUUUAUCAAACAAUGAAGGUCUGAUUAUACCACCCAAUGUGAUAUCAAGCUGGUCCCAUCUGGAAGAACUAUACCUGUUUGGGAGCUUUUGCGAGUGGGAGAAGGUUCAAGGAAUCACAACGGGAGAAGAGCAGAGAGCAGCAGCUAGUUUGGCAGAGUUGAAAUCAUUGCAUGGCCUCACCACUCUACAGGUAAUGGUAGAGGUAAAAAAUUCUUCCAAAAGUUUGCCAGAUGGUUUUGUUUUCCAUGACCAGAAAAGAUUUUUUAUAGUAAUGUAUGGUGAUGAUGCCAAUGGUACUAUGAAUUAUUAUGGUGGUGAUUGGUUUUCAAACAGCCCAGUAAAAGGGUUAGUUUUCAAAAACCUGCCAGCCCAAACAACCAAAGUUGUAUGUUCCAAUCAAUUACAAAGAACACAAGUAUUGGAAUUGUAUGAUUGCAAAGGUGUAAGAAGUAUUAUGGAGGAAUUAGAUGAUAAGAUGGGGUUUAAUUGUUUGGAGGCUCUUACUAUAUGCGGAUGCAAUGAGGUGGAAUAUCUCUGGCCCACUCAUCCCAUUUCGAUCAUUGCAAAAUCUUCACAGCUGGCUGUCUUCACUAAUUUGGAGAAAUCACAUAUUGAAUCCAUGCAAGUCCUCAAAGGAAUAAUCUGUCCUGCAGCUGGCCCACUCCCACUUGAGUCCUUGGCCAAACUUAAACAUUUACAUGUGCUUAGAUGCCCUGGGUUACUCAAUAUUGUCACCCCCAACUUAUACCCGAGCUUGCAAAAGUUAGAAACACUUAACGUGAUUGACCGCUACAGUCUAGAAGAGAUAUUCCACUUUGAAGGAAUCCUUUCUGAUGAUCAUCAUCAAUCAUCAAGGACAAGCAGCAGCUCCAAUUGUGCUCAGUUAUGGUUUAUUAGAAUAUUUGAAUUUUGCAUCUCUACCGAAAUUGACAAACAUAUGGAGUGGCUCCCCUCACCUUCUCGUGAAUUUUCCUGCCCUAAAUACCCUUCACCUAUAAAGUUGCCAAAGUUUGAGAAGCAUCUUUUCAUGCCCAAGUUUAAACUGCCUUUCCUCAUAUCAAGUCUAGAAGAGAUAUUCCACUUUGUACGGAUCCUUUCUGAUGAUCAUCAUCAAGGACAAGCAGCAGAUCCAAUUGUGCUCAGUUAUGGUUUAUUAAACUAUUUGGAAUUGACAUCUCUACCGAAAUUGACAAGCAUAUGGAGUGGCUCCCCUCAGCUUCUCGUGAAUUUACCUGCCCUAAAUACCCUUCACUUGAAUGGUUGCCAAAGGUUGAGAAGCAUUUUUUCAGUUGCCAUGAUUCCAAGCCUUGCACAACUUGAAUGUCUUCCAAUUCGAGAUUGUCAAAAAUUAGAGGAAAUUAUUGCCAAGGGCAAGGAGGAUGAAGCUGACUUAUGUACUACUCAUCAUGAUCCACCCCAGUUGCAUUUGCAGUUGGUUGGCCUUAAAGAGCUGUUAAUCCGUUCAUUCCCCAUAAUCAAAUGCCUUGGUCUAGGUGCUCCAAAAUUGGAAACACUUGUGAAAGAAGGUUGCCCUCUGCUAGAGGAAAUUGUUGAUAAAGAGGAAGGCAAGGAUGUAAUAUUAUUCCCAAAUGUAAGAUUCUUAACAGUGAGCUAUUGGCCUAGGCUGUUGAGAACUCCCUUUGGCUUUGCUACUCCAUCUCUUUUUCAAGCUCAUCCUCUCUGUCUUAUAGCCCCGUCUAACCUACGAUGGGUGACACUAUGUCCACAUAUUUCAACAAGGGACAGUGAAAAAGAUCACUACUGCUGUUAUGUCCAUAGAUUCUUGUGA